AUGGAAUUAGUCAGAACAUGUCCACAACACAUUUGUAACUGGUUGAAAGGCAAGUUAACCUUGUACAAGUAUCAAGACUUAUGGAACUGAUGUGCGUUAGAAUCCCAUGAAGGAGGAAUUCUGCCUCAACAAAGCUUCAAGGCUCGACCAAGUGAUGUAUUUCUCUGUAGUCCUCCCAAAACUGGCACGGUAUGGCUAAAGGCCUUGGCUUUUGCCAUAAUAACCAGAGAAAAGUAUGAUGAAUCCACGAAUCCUUUGCUCACAACCAUGCCUCAUGAAUGCAUUCCUUUUCUAGAGAAAGACCUUGAACAAAUUGAAGAAUACCACAAGAACUCGUGCUUCCCACUCGUGGGCACACAUCUAACUUACAAUCCCCUACCGGAAUCAAUCCUUUCUUCCAACUGCAAGAUAGUUUACAUAUAUCGGAAUAUAAAAGAUGUCAUAGUUUCCCAUUACCAUUUCGGAAGGGGAGUAGUAAAACUACCCAUGGAAGAUGCCCCAUUUGAGGAGUCAUUUGACGAGUUUUGUGAGGGUAUUUCAUGGUAUGGACCAUAUUGGGAUCAUAUCUGGGAAUACUGGAAAGUAAGCUUGCUGAGACCCGAGACAAUUCUUUCCUUGAAAUAUGAAGACAUGAAAAAGGAUCCUACAAGCAAUGUCAAGAGGCUUGCAAAGUUCAUUGGGUUUCCCUUUACAAUUGAAGAAGAGAAAGCUAGUGUGAUAGAAAACAUUAUAAAGUUGUGUAGUUUUGAGAAAUUAAGCAACUUGGAAGUAAACAAAAGUGAAAAGCAUCGAGAUGUUAAUGCGGCUGAGAACAAAAAAUACUUCAAGAAGGCUAUGGAUGGAGAUUGGAAGAACUACUUCACAGAUGAGAUGAUUGGAAAGAUUGACAAAUAGAUUGAUGAGAAACUGUAG